GAGUGCGCUGUUAAGUCUCUCAGGGAAGGUUUAGACAGGUUUUAUUUGUCAUUGCGAAAUGUGCCAAUAUGACCGGCCACUGGGGGCCCCUUUGUCCCAAAAUCUUUUCUGGGUCUGCAAACAUUUGCCUGACGGUAAACCCCUGACUGGCAACUUACUGGAAUUUGACAAUGUUUGUGUUUAACACAUCACAACCUGACACAGGAUUCAAGAUGGUGUUGAUGCUACUGGCGAUGCUGACCGUGUGUUCUGCCGUUCCUCAAGAUCUGUACGGUAAAAUGUUCAUAUUCCCACAAGAAACCAACACAGCUCAUGUGAGGCUGACUACAUCAAGACAGGACUUGAGGAAUGUCACUGUCUGUCUCAGGUCCUUUACAGACCUCCGUAGAGGCCACUCCCUUUUUUCUUUGGCCACACCUUCAGUUGACAAUGACUUCCAGAUUUAUAAGGAUGAUGCGCAUGAUCAGAUGAAUCUCCACGUCAGGAAUCAUUAUGUGUAUUUUGCGGGUCAGAACUACAAACUGAACACGUGGCACUCGCUCUGUUCCACGUGGGACUCUGCGUCUGGACUGGCACAGCUGUGGUUAGACGGAAAACCCUCAAGUUGGAAACUCAGCUCUAAAUCCAGCAUCAAUGGGCCCAUUAUAAUUGUUCUCGGACAGGAGCAAGAUACCCACGGCGGGGGCUUUGUCCUCAUGGAGUCUUUUGCUGGCAUGUUGUCCGAUGUCCACAUGUGGGACUACACCAUUUCACCCUGUGAGAUCCAGAACUACAUGGAUGAUCUGAGCUUCCCUCCAGGGAAUGUGCUCAACUGGAGGGCACUGGAGUUCCAGAUCAUAGGAACAGUGCUGAUAGGAGAUAAACAAAAGAGCUGUUACUAAAGUGAAAAGUGGAAAAAGCAGGUUUGAAAAAAUUGAUUACGAAGAAGAAUGUGAGGAUUGAUUUUUGUUUUUAUUUUUCAUUCUUAUUAUCUUUUUCAGAUCAUUGUGAAACAAAAGCUUUUCUUCAGUGAUUCUCUGAACUUUUGGCUAUGUGUUGCCAACAUUUUAAUUAAAGGCAGAAUGGGUCGGAUUGUCCUUAUUCUAAGCUUAUUCAAAAAUGAUCAGCACUUGUGAUCAGUUCAACUGUAUAGCGGUGUAUCUGCAGAGACCGUGCCCUCUGCUUGUAUUUUCUCAUUUUGCUGUGUUUUGGAAGUUUCUGGGUGUUGACCUUAAGGAAGUGGUUGUACAGCCUGCAGGAUGUGAGGGCAGGAUGUUGCAACCAGUUGUCAGAUUGUAAGCACACAUCCUACUAACUAAAAAAUGCAAUGUAGUUUUUAGUUACCAAAGUUAGAUGAUACCCUGUUUGGGAGUCAUGAAUCUAUGUUGAUGAGAGGUUUCAGCCAGGAACAAAGCAGAGGACCAUCUCACUGUCCAACAGACUAACAUUGUCAUCCCUAUAGACAUGCCAUUAUAAGCUAAAACAACAUUUUCUUAACCUUUCACCUAUC